ACUCCCACUCUAAUUUCUCUCUCUUCAAUUUCUCCGUCCACAGUUUUCUAAGUCCUAAUCACUAAAAAAAUAAAUAAAUAAAAAAAAGCAUCAAAGUUUGAUCUUUGAUCAAUAUGGGAGACCAAUAUUAUCACCCUGUUCUAAGAGGCAAGAAAAAUAAUAGUAUUUGUGCUAUGUUGGUGAUCAUGAUUUUGGUAGUGUUGUCGGUAGAAAAUUGUAGAGCUGCUAGGUUUGAGCGUUGGGAGUCUGCGAUUCGCAUGCCUACUGAUAAGGAUGAAUAUUCUGACCAGGACAAAGAACUCAGCACUAGAUGGGCUGUUCUUGUGGCCGGUUCUUCUGGCUAUGGAAAUUACAGGCAUCAGGCUGAUGUGUGCCACGCGUAUCAGUUGCUGAGGAAAGGAGGGGUGAAGGAGGAGAACAUAGUGGUGUUCAUGUAUGAUGAUAUCGCCAUGCAUGGGCUCAAUCCAAGGCCUGGCAUCAUCAUCAACCAUCCACAAGGUGAUGAUGUUUACGCAGGUGUUCCUAAGGAUUACACAGGGCAAUAUGUAACAACCGAGAAUCUAUACGCCGUACUUCUCGGGGACAAGAAGGCGGUGAAAGGUGGUAGUGGAAAGGUUGUUGACAGCAAACCCAAUGACAGAAUCUUCUUAUACUACUCUGACCAUGGAGGCCCUGGGGUUCUUGGAAUGCCAAAUAUGCCUUUUCUAUACGCCAUGGAUUUCGUUGAAGUUUUGAAGAAAAAACAUGCAUCGGGGACUUACAAAGAGAUGAUCAUAUAUGUGGAAGCAUGUGAGAGUGGAAGCAUUUUUGAAGGUAUAAUGCCUAGAGACAUGAACAUUUAUGUGACAACAGCAUCAAAUGCACAAGAGAACAGCUGGGGAACCUAUUGUCCAGGGAUGGAACCUUCCCCGCCACCAGAGUACAUUACUUGCUUGGGGGAUUUGUAUAGCGUUGCUUGGAUGGAGGACAGUGAGACCCACAAUUUGAAGAGAGAAACAAUCAAACAACAAUAUGAGACAGUGAAGAAAAGGACUGCGAAUGCCAACGAUUUCACCGCGGGUUCGCAUGUGAUGGAGUACGGGAACAAAAGUAUUAAAGGCGAGAAGCUUUAUCUAUACCAAGGUUUUGACCCUGCCACGCUCAACUUCCCACCCAAUGAUCCUAACAAACUCGACAUGCGCAUGGAAGUUGUUAACCAAAGAGAUGCAGAGCUCUUCUUCAUGUGGCAAAUGUACAAGAGAACAGAAUCAAGGAAUAAGAAGAGAGAAAUCCUGAACCAGAUAAAGGAGGCCACAAGGCACAGAACUCACUUGGACAAGAGCAUAGAAUUGAUAGGAUCACUUCUCUAUGGACCACAAAAGGGUUCAUUGGUCCUCAAUUCCGUGAGGUCACCUGGUCAACCACUAGUAGACGACUGGGCCUGCUUGAAGUCGAUGGUUAAGUCGUUCGAGAGCCAUUGUGGGUCGUUGACACAAUAUGGCAUGAAACACAUGCGUGCCUUUGCCAACAUAUGCAAUAGUGGCGUCUCCGUUGCUUCAAUGGAAGAGGCUGCUUUGGCUGUUUGUAGUGGCCACGAUGUAGGCCAAUGGCAUCCUUCGAACGGUGGUUUUAGCGCUUGAUUAUAAUGAAUGUUUAAAGAAAAAGGAAAAAAAUGGAAGUCCUAUGCAAUCUAAUGUGAUAGAAAGCUGGUGCAUGUAUGUAGACCCUAAUGUUGUUAAAGUGAGAGAGAAGAUUAGCAAUGUCUUGUCUCUCUAAUGCGUCUACUAUCUAAUAUUAGAAUUGCUUCACUAGUUGUAAUUACAGGUUUAGUCUAGCAGUAAAUUCACAACUACUUGCGUUCACCUUGACCUUCACCUCGAGAAGGUCGAGGUUAAAUCUG